GGAGUUUUCAGACAACAAAGAAUUCAACUGAAUUAUAAGGUUGUCCUUUUUCAUUAUUGCCGGACUACGCAUAUUAUAUAUUUAUUAAUAAUAUGGCGAGCUACUAUUUAUUUUGGAUGGCAUUGCUUAAGUAUUAUUGGAAAUCGAUCGGUAAUGAUUUUGUUAUUUACCUGUGGACUUUAGCUGUGACUUUCUUAUGGAUUUACUGGAUAUUUUGUGUUCCACUUGUAUGGAAAAAGGAUCUGGACAACGAAAAAUAUUCAUUUUUAGGAAAAACAGAAAAUGGCAUUCGAUACAAUCCAAAACGAGAUACAAUAAACCGGUUAAGAAAAGUAAAAGAUCAAAAAAUUAUCGAACUGCCUCCCCCUUAUCCAAAUGGUUGGUAUGGUAUUCUUAAAUCGUCUCAGCUUAAAGCUGGGGAAGCAACUUGUGUAUCAUGCUUGGGGGAAGAUCUAGUCAUCUUUCGCACACUAAAAGAUAACGUUUUUAUCCUGGAUGCAUAUUGCCCGCAUUUAGGAGCUAAUUUGGGUAUUGGGGGAAGAGUUGUUGACGAUUGUGUUAUAUGCCCAUUUCAUCAAUGGAGUUUUCGAGGGACAGACGGCUUAUGCAUAAAUAUUCCAUAUAGCACAUCAGUUCCUAAAGGAUCAAAGGUAAAAAAAUGGAUCUCGCAGGAAGUGGACGGAUUUAUUUUUAUUUGGUAUCAUGCUGAGCCAACAGAAUUACCUUGGGAUCUGCCUUCACCUAUGGGAGAGGUUGACAAUAAAUGUAUCUAUCAUGGACACAAUGAGUUUUACAUUAAUUGUCAUAUUCAAGAAAUACCGGAAAAUGGCGCUGAUAUUGCGCACUUUAAUGCUAUUCAUAAAAAUAGCUUUAUUAAUGACAGAUGGGUUAAAAAAAUAAGUUCAUUUGGACUUGGAUCUCAUCAUUGGAGAGCGAGGUGGUCUCCAUUUGCUGGAAAAUUAAAAUACUUGGCAGAAGUGAACCUGAGUCAUUCAUUGCAACUGUUUGGGAAAUUUUGCUGUUUUCGUAUGGAAAUUUCUGGCAAACAGAUUGGACCGUCUUGUGUGUGUCUCGAAGUUAAUUCAUAUACAUUUGGAAAGUUUAAAGUUUUUCAAUAUAUUACACCAGUUGAACCUUUGUUGCAAAAAGUUGUUCAUCAGUUUUAUGGUCCUCGUUGGAGUGCGCCACUUAUGAAGAUUUUUAUUUAUGGAGAAAGUCUCAUGUUCGAACGUGAUAUUAACAUAUGGAAUCAUAAAGUACUUCAUCGGAAUCCUAUCUUAGCUAAGGAAGAUACAUCGAUAAAGAAGUUUAGGCUGUGGUUCUCUCAAUUUUAUUCGUCGAACAGCAAAUCAUAUUCCGAAGCAACCAAUAUUGGUUGGUAGCUAAAAUUUUACUGAAAUUUAAAGUUUUAUUAAACGAUGGCUAAGCGUCCAUUAUACCCGUUAUUUGUAGUGAUAUGGAUUUGUUGAAAACUGUACAAGUACAAGUAUCAGUUGAUCUAGGCAUGUAUAUAAAAAAGGCGACAUCUUGGCAAAACUGGACGAUAGAUUUCGGAAGGUGGACGAUAGAUGGAUUGGGAUGUAUCGGUGAAUGCAAAAGGACACCUCUUAAAGGAACAUUUGCGAACCAGUAGACAGGAAGUUCCAAGGACUGUGAUCAAUGUGAUCUACACCGUGAAAGUAAUAUACCAAGAGAACGAGAUCCAGAGCGUGCAGCACACCCUUUCAUCGCUAUAGUGUUGGUGUUUCUCUCGAUAAUGACACUAGUGAUGACCAACAAGCGAUCAGUGCAGCGGCGUCUUGACCAUUACCAUGCGUUGGAAAAGAUCGUAACCAGCAUCCCACAUCCGCCAUAAUUAACAUCGCAAAAACUGAACUAAAAGACGAAGUCUGCUUAGCAUACAUAACCA